AACAGCAGGGAGAAUUAACUGUCAUGGCGGAAUUGUUCCGUUCCCACAUAUUUCACGGCCACUAUCAGAAGGCGGUGGAAUUUCAUACAAUCAUUUCCGUUCAAAUAUCCCUUCCCUUUUUCCAUCACAGCUGAGACUGCAGCAGUCGCAUCAAGGGACUUUUAGCAGGAAGUCAGUUCAAUCCAGUCACUUAACCAUGGCUUCUCCUCUUAUUCAUGAAAACAUUUGGUUUGAGAAGCCCAAAUAUGAAGCAGCAGAGAGGCAGUAUUAUGAAAAGCUUUCAAAGGUGAUUGAGGAGGCCCUUAAAACUGUUGAGCUCUCUAUUGAAUUGAAAAAUUUUCUGAAAACCAAGGAUUUGAGUGAAAAAGAGACCAAAUUGUCUAAUGCUGGAAAUGACAGCGGAAAUGAAGUGAUUUCCUCUACAGCACUCUCUGUCAAAGAUGAGAAGCGAUCCAAAAAAGAAAAGAAAAAUAAGAAAGAGAAGAAAGAGAAGGAGACGAAAAAAGAGCAGAAAAUAAGCAAUGGAAGCCUUAAGUCUGAAGGUGUGGAAAACUGUGCUAACAAUUCUAUUGGUUACAAUGCUGAGAACAAAGGGAAGGGAAUUUCUGCUGCCGCUGUGAAAGGAAGUGAACCAGCAUGCAAAAGUGGUGUUGGAUUUAACAAUAAAUUAAUUCAUAUUGCUGCCAACACUACUGAAACCAAGAAUGCGUCUUCUAAUCCCCCUAUGAAACAGUCUUUGGCCAGUGAAGUUGCGAAGGCUCGACAGCAUAUUAAACAAUCUCUUGAAUGUAUGGAUGGUAUUGCAGCAAUGGCAGGAAGUAACGUUGAACUUGUCAGUAGGAUAAACUCUCUCGAGAAAGAAAAUGCCACUCUUCACAAAGUUGUGGACGAUCUUAAGAACCUCGUCAUUAGUCUGGAUGGACGUGUGAAGUCCCUUGAAGGAGGAAAGCCCUCUGCUGUUCCGGCUGCUGCUAAGAUCCCUGCUAAGACUCCUGCUAAGGCCAAGGAUGAUGACGAUGAUGAUGGUGUUGAUCUGUUUGGUUCAGAUUCUGAUGAGGAGAGUGAAGAAGCUGCUAAAAUUAGAGAGCAAAGAUUGGCCGCAUAUGCUGCCAAGAAAUCUAAUAAACCAGCCCUUAUUGCCAAAUCAAACAUCAUUUUAUCCGUAUCACCUUGGGAUGAUGAGACUGAUAUGAAGAAAAUGGAGGAGUGUGUCCGAACAAUUGAAAUGGACGGCCUUAUCUGGGGUGCUUCCCAAUUGGUGCCACUAGCUUAUGGAAUUCACAAACUUCACAUCUCAUGUGUUGUAGAAGAUGACAAAGUUUCUGUGGACUUGCUCCAAGAAAAGAUUCAGGAAUUUGAGGAUUAUGUUCAGAGUGCUGACAUUGCUGCCUUCAACAAAGUUUAAUUAUCCUCACAACUUUCCUUAAGAGACACCAGUUAUACAUAUUUAAUACAAAUAAAUUAUCUGAACAGUGA